AUGAAAACUUUCUACGUAUUAUUCGUUUCGCUGCUUCUCACCCAGAAUUAUAGGGGAGAAGCCACUGGUUCUGUUUUCUUCAUUGAUGGAUCCAGCAAUCAAUAUCUUCGUCCACGAUCAGAGGCGCUUCCCAUGUCGAUCUCUGAAGUAUCUGCAGCAGUGUCUGCCUUGUUGGGUUUUGCACCUUCAGCAACUUUGACAGCUGAUGGCUCAUCCAAGCUGAACAGGAUUCUAAAGCCUAAUCCAUUUGAGAGGCCUCGUGCUGCUUUUGUGUUAGAAAUCGCUGGAGCUGAUGAAACUUAUUCUGCUCAUUCUUUCUUGGGAAAUGCCAUCAGGGGCAGUAUCAGUUCUGAUUCUUACAAAGCAGAUAUUGAACUUCCAGAAAGUGAAGUGGCUGUUGUGUCUCUUAAUGAACCCUCAUCUGAUGCGACUGACAAAGACAUGAAUGAGUUUGCAUCUUGGUUGGGUGGAUCAUAUGUCUCUGGCUCUGCUGAACCAUUGACUGGAUUGUUGAGUAUCCCUCUUACUGGUGUUGCUAACGUGGAGUUCCAUUUGGAAAAGGAAGCAGAGAGGAAAUUUGCGUUGAACCUUUUGGAUCUGUACAAGAAUAUCAGACAGGCAGUCAACGUUCAUGAGGAUUUAUCUCAUGGUACUGCUGAAUUAACAGUUGGACGCUUUGGCGGUAUCGAUGCUUUAGCACAGGAGUAUGGGCAAGGUAUGGCUAAGCAAGGGAUGGAUGUAUUGAUUGCCACACUAUCAAAGCUAUUCGAUCUAUUGGAGACAUCUCAUAAAGGCCAAAUCGUUGGGGUGAUCGUCCUUGACGAGAGAGUAAAUCAAGAAUCAGGAAAUAUGCUGAGCGUUGAGCCUUCUUCUCGUUCAUCUGCUCGCUCGAUGGCUGAGGUAGAGGGAAUCCCAACUCCAAUCAUCAUUGCUCAAGUUAUACUCGUUAGGCUGACACUUGCAUGGUUGACUGGAAUAAUCCUUCUCAUUGCCACUAUCCUUGGGGUGUACUUCCUCAUGAACAUGCCUUUGACAAAGGACACGCUCCUAUAUUCAAACGUGAAGCUCGAUUAA